AUGGAGAGCACACAUGCUUGGGUUAGGAAACUAGAAAUCCAAUGGUUUAAUGUUCAAAUGGCCACUAGUACAUUGUAUAGAGUCAGAGCUCGGGCCUUAAUUGAGAUACAUGGUGGCUAUGAUGAGUCAUAUUCUUUUUUGCCUAGUUAUUGUGAAAUGAUCAAGAAAACUAAGACUAGUUCUAAUGCUAGUUGUGUGUGGAAUCCAAACACUCAUGUUGAUAGGCCUUUGGAUUUUGUCACAAUAUUCAUUUCAUUUAAGCCAUGUUUGGAUGGGUUGAAGAAUGGAAUUAGAGGAUUUUUUGGAGUUGAUGGGACACACUUGAAAGGAAAUUAUGGGGGUGUUCUUCUUUCUACAGUAGCACUAGAUGGGAACAAUGAGUUGUUCCCAUUUGCUUGGGGGAUUGUUUCUAAUGAAGAUUCAGACACUUGGUGCUUCUUUGUGCAUCAUUUGAGGGAUUUACUUAGGUCAACUGGAAGAGGAGAUAAAUGGUGUAUCAUUUCAGAUCGGCAAAAGGGAAUUGAAAUUGCACUUGACAAGUUGUGGCCAGAAGUGGAUAGGAGAUAUUGUACCAAACAUUUAGCUUCCAAUUGGAAGAAAGCAUUUCCUGGUCCAUUAAUGCUCUCUUUAUUUUGGAAAGCGUGUGGUGCAUGUUCUGAGUUCACCUUUAAAAAAUCUAUGGAACAAAUGGAUAAGGUUGGAAAAGGAGGAAGGUUAUGGCUUGCAAAACUAGGCAAUCAAGCUCGGUGGACAAAGCAUAAGUUUAACGUUGCAACAAAGUGUGAUGCAAAUAAGUCCAACUUUGUUGAGAGUUUUAAUGCGACUCUUGGUAUUGACAGAUGUAGACUUGUACUUACACUUUUAGAAGGUAUUGGAAGAAACACUAUGGUAAGACAAUGGCAAUUAUCUGGGAUUCCAUGUAGACAUGGAAUGAGGGUCAUAUUAGAUUCUAAGCUUGACCCUCAUGCUUUUGUUGAUGAGUGGUACUCUGUUAAAAGAUACAAGGCAGCAUAUUCGAAUGGCAUUAAAUCAAUACCAGAUCAUGAGCAAUGGUCUGAGUUUAAUUUACCAAAAAUAUUGCCACCUGAGCUAAAAAGAGGAAUAGGAAGACCAAGCAGGAACAGGAAGAGAGAUGAAACAGAAGAUAGGAAGGGGAAGAGAGCCAAAACUGUUAGGUGUAGCAAGUGUCAAGAUUUUUGGCAUAAUGCAAAGACUUGUAAAGGAGGAGCUACUGCAAAGCAAAAGUGGGGUUCGAGUAAAAAGAACAUGCCAAAAUCAGAUGCAUCUUCUCAAGGCAUUGAUGUUCCUAAUGUAGCAGCUGAUGGAUUCUUCUGA